AUGUGGCUAUUUACUAACAGGGAUUCAGACAGCUUGUUGGGAUCAGCUACCUCAUUAGGCUUGAACUUUUCUCAUGACCCAGUCCCUGGUUUCUCUAUUGACCCACCCAACUCAGAACCAUUAGGAACGAUUUAUGGUCCAUAUGAUUUCAAAUGGCGACUUCUCCCUGGUCAGAAAAAGAAAACCAAAGAAGAGGUUACUUUGUUUGUGUGCAACCUAAGUUCGAAUGCUGCAACCAGGGAAGCUAGUACUAUUCUGUCUGUUUUUCAAAGCACAGUCAAGUGGAUGAAAACAUUACGUCAUCCAAAUAUGCUUACUUGGAUCGGUGGAUCAGAGAUUGGUUCAGGGAAAUUACCUAAUGAAAUUGGCUUUGUUACGGAACGUGUUCUACCAUUACGGGAAUAUCUACGCAUUAAAGCAGAUUGUGGAAAUUUCAACCUUCUCUCUUCAUGGGGUAUACAUCAGGUUGGUAUCGGUAGAUAG